AUGGCGUUUGUUGGCACGCUUUCUAGCGGUCCGAGUGCAAUGCACUUGGGAUCGUCCAUGCCACGCUUGAUGUAUGAACCUCGCUACACAACCGGUCUCAAAAAGACCGAUUACUCGACAGAAUCUGAUUCAUCUGGAUUUGCUAGCUGCACACUGAGCACAUGCACUACUUCUUCGGAAUCGACUACGGUGCAGCUGUCACCCAAUUCCUCCUCGUCGUCACCUGAUAGCCUGCGGGUACAGGCAGUUCGAAUGGAUAAAUCUUCACUCGCCACCAAUCGACGCAGUUCAUCGGGGCAAAAAAUUGCAAAGCUUAUUCACGCACUGACUCCAUGCCGAGGCCGGAUAGCUCGACGUAGUCACUCUUUCGGAGAGCUAACACACACAACUAGACUGUUGGAUGGCAAAUUGAGUGCCUCCUCAUCCGGUACCGAAACACAAAUGUUACUGUCUGGAUCGAUCACACCCACUCACAUGGCCCUGUCUACUUCUGAUCUGAAGUACUGCGGUGAUGUCCCUGCUCGCGUUCCCCCAUCUUAUUCGCAUCAGCUGGACAUUUCCAUCACUGACCCGACCGUGGAACUAUACGAGUUUCGUCGCUUGUGGCCUGCUUCAUUCACGGCUUUGAUUACCAAUUAUUUGGGCUUUUUGACUUUUACACCGGAAGAUGUCGACCGGAUUCGAGAAGCAUUGAUCAAAGAGGCGAAGACCAGCCGACCGGCAGUUAGCACCGCGAGCACGACCGGUCUGGCAUCAGAACUGAUCCCGGAGGUAUCCGGCAAGGAACAGUCCUCGAGACGGCGUGUUUGCACUCCUCAGAAAAACGGUCGUGCCAAUGACAAAGAUCUUGAACACUGGUACGUGGUAGUCAAUACAAUGCUGAACUACCUGCUGGAAGAUAAACGAUUCAAACAUCGUUUUAUCCUACGCCGACCUGGCAAUCACUCCAGCGUGAACGAGCUUGAACGAAUUCUGUUUCCACCUCGUAGUCGGCCGCUUUCAAUGAGCGUACGAAAUCGGGUUAGUGAUCAGCCGGAAGAAAGACUGCACUACCCAGCCUUGGUUUCCGAGGUUCUCGACGUGCUGCGUCGCUAUGACGCUCCGGUUGUUGCCUGUCUCCUAGCCCGUGUGCUUCGGCGUAAUGGCUUCGGCCUAAUCCCAACUCACCUUCGUGGCCUGUUUCUCCAGCUGGUCGCCGGUGCGAAAGAGCAUAACGAAUUGCAUCAACGUCGUGCCAUUCGACUGCUGUUUCAGUUCGUCCCUCGGCGCCUGCUUCGUUCCGUAAUCCGUCCGGUGUUCGAGCUUUUAGCGUGUGUGGCAAAUGAACCCGAUUGUGAAGUGGACGAGUCCAGUCUGGCUGUACUCUUUUCUCCCGUUUUCUUCCUCGAUCGAACCACAACCACACCGGCUUCUCUAGCCAAUCCACUACCGAUUCGGGUGGUGCACCUGUUCGUGGGAUUCGCAAAACACGAACAACAAAUACAUCAAUCUGUGACGCGUUUGUUUCAAGUACCGAGCCUGUUCCAGGACGAUUGCACACGUAAUUUGAAACUACACAUGUCCUUGGACAAUCCACCGCUCUCAUGCAGUCUCAAAUACUGUGUAACCAUGACACCAAGUCCACGAUCGCAAGGCAAGAAACCGGAUCGUCUACUCGAUGAGUCCGAACAAGACAGGGUCAACUGCAGACCGGGAAUGCCAAAAGUGAGUUUAUACACACCACUCACCCACAACUGCACAGAGACUUUUUUGGUGUGUGUGUGUGUGUGA